AUGCUCCCCUCACUGGCCCUUAGCUCGUCCAGCUUGGACCAGUUCCGCAAGAACGUCUAUCGGCCCCGUCUCUGUCUCCUCCUGCUGCUCGUCCUCCUCAGUCCCCACAAUACCAGCCAGCUCGCUUCACCCGAUGCCUCCACUCCCGACACUAGCAUCAGCCAGCCAGCGCAGCCAGCGCAGCCGAGCUGGGGUCUCAGCGUGAUCGAUGGCCUCGUUAUAGCUGCACCACCACCCGCAUCCCAGCUGCUUUCGGCUCUCUCCCCGACCGCUCCGCAGAGCGAGUCGGCCCUUCCGAUUGGUGCAUCGCAUCCCUCUCCCGCCCCGUCGCAAUCCGCGACGCAUGGAGAUGGCGCAGCGCCGUCUACGCAGCAGGGACAGCCUCCGCCGGGCUCGCUCUUCCGCUUUCCGAAGCUGAGCUGGGGUCUGCUCGUGGACGAGCACGUGCUGCCUGCGCUCGUCACCCUGCAUCUCCUCUGGGCGAUCCGUCUGGCCGGCAUGGCCGUGGAGGACGGUGCGAUCAAGAACUCGCUGCUGGGUGCAAAGUCUCCCUUCUAUGCUGUCACCCUCCCCGUGCUCUACCUCGGCGUGCUGUCGUGUCUGGCCCUGCUUGCCGGUCUGCCCGUGACCAUGGCGGCGAUAGGUGCAAGGUGCCUCGUCUGGCGAGAGGCGCUCGGAUUUGCCCCUCUUCGCACUGUCGCCGUCGAUCGCAAGUCCAGCUUCCGUGCGGACGGACUGCUGCCCGCAUCGCUCUUCGUGAUGCUCGAGAUGGCCAGUACUCUUGUGCAUCUGCUGAGCGUCCUGCCCAAGAUCGACGCCUCGCCCUUUUCGCACAUGCUGCCCGCGCAGCUCAGGCUGCCAUCACCUUCGCACAUGCCGCCGCUCGUGGAGCUGCUGCCUCUUCCGCAGUUCAUCAAAGCGGCACUCGCCGAAUCGGCCACAAUGCCCCCGUCAUCCAGAUAUGCCGGCCGUCGCAGGCCCAUGAUGCCGCCACUUCGUUCGGCGGCGCCGACAGCCGCAGACACUUCCGCAGCACAGCAUCAGGCACCACAGCAGCAGCCCACGAGUGCAACGUCUGCUGACGCAGUACCCAGCCCGGCCGGCGAGCCCACCGCGCGUCAGACCUACCGCCGCGUCGGAGCACCUGAAGACGAGGUCAUCAGCUCCCCGAGCGUCACGCGGCCCAUCGCCCCUCUCACUUUGCCCGAAAACGAUGCUACAGAGCCGGGCAGCUCGCCCUCGGCGUCUCGGCGUCGACGUGCUCCCCGCCUGCGCGGCCAGUCGGUGCUCGUCUCGACCAAGUGGUUCUCGGACACAGCCACGGCGCUAUUCGACAAAGCCAUGGGUGCGCUCAUCUACUCGGUCAUCACGCUGCGGCUGCCGACGCUCUCGCCGACGUCGCUGCCACCUGUACUGUCGCUGCUGAGCCUGCGCUCCGAGCUCGCUUCGCUCACGCAGGUGUGGACGCGCGCACGCAGCUCCGUCGAGUGUCUCGAAUUUGUGCGCCGCCGCUGGGGCGUGCAGCUCGAACGAGCGCAGGACCCCUACACCUCGGUCGUGCGCUCCCGUGCAAGCGCCGCUGCGGGCGACUACAAGUGGAAGUCGUACGACGAUGUCUACUGCGCGAUCUGCUUUGAGAUGACGCGCCCAAAAGCAGACGCAGACAGCAUCCCAGAAACGAGCGGCGAUAGCGAAGAUGGCAACGCAUCGCAACACGCGAACAGAUUCGAAUUCUGCCGGCUCGAUUGCGGCCACGAGCUGCACGAUGUCUGCCUCGUCUCCUGGCUCACCGCGCAGGCAUUUUGCCCGACGUGCCACGUAGUUCUCAGCUUCAGCCCGCCAGCGAUAGGCCCUUCAUAUGCCAUUGCGCCACGUCGCAAAACCCACAUUGAAGCAGACGGCCACCAUCAUCCGAAGCGACGCCGAGAUAAGCUCGACCGUCAUCGAGAGCCGCGUACCGCCUCGCAUGCGGCACGAAGCAGGAGCACCACAUGUGCGGCAAACAGUCGGUCCUCAACGGCGCUGCAACACGGCAUGACCGCACUUCCGGCGGCGCGGCUGGUGCAAGCCCCGAGGCGCACCAUGCACACCUCGCACUGCAGAGCUUCCUCAGCCGCAGCGUCAGCCGACAAUGUAGCCACCUCGGAGGCCAGUGAGACCGAGCACGCGGUCAUCUCUACGUUUGAUCUCUUCUCGGUUGGUAUCGGCCCCUCGUCGUCGCACACGGUCGGCCCCAUGCGUGCCGGCGUGAUCUUUGUCUCGGACCUGGCCGACAUGGGUCUGCUGGAGCGCGUGCACACCAUCAAGAUCAACCUCUACGGCUCACUUGCACUCACUGGCGCCGGCCACAUGACGCCUCAGGCGCUUCUCGGCGGCCUCGAAGGCGACGACUGUGAGACCGUCGAUCCUCCCUCGGUUCCCGUGCGCUUCGAAGAGAUCAAAAAGGCUAAGCAGAUCCACCUCGGCAAGAACCUCUUCAAGACGCUCGGCGCCAACGCCAACGGCAAGCCAGUCACCAAGGGCAAGCUCAUCCACUUUGACUACGACCGCGACCUCAAGUGGAUGUUCGGACAGGUGCUGCCGCAUCACUCCAACGGCAUCCGCAUGAGCGUGUUCGACGAGCAAGGCGAGAUGCUCGCCACUAACGACUACUACUCAGUUGGAGGAGGGUUCGUCGUCAAUGGUGCGCUUGCCACGCCAUCGUCUUCCGCAUUAUCAGCGCGAUCCUCGUCUACGCAAGCACCCGCGCAAGACCCGACCGCAGCUGCGCCGCUGCACGAUGAGACCAUCGAGCUUUCGGCGCAUCCGAUCGACUGGGGCGAAAACGUGUUUUACAAGCAGAUCCGUCGCAAGGACGCCGAAGACGGCCGACGUGCCGGCUCGGCUCCUGUUGUCGAAGGCCUGCUUCCGCAAGUCGAAGCUCCGACGCCAGCAGCCGACUCGACGUCAAGCGCACUUGCCACCACAUCUCGCGAGACGCCAGCUCACGAACCAGAGAAGCUCACGGCUCGCGCGUCGUCCGGCCCGCCGUUUCCGUACCACAAUGCAGCGAGUCUGCUGCGCCAGUGCAAGACGCGCAACCUCACGAUUGCGCAGGUGGUGUACGAGAACGAGCUCACCUGGAACCCACCGGAGGUGGUGCACGAGAAGCUCGUCAAGAUCUGGACCACCAUGGACGAGUGCAUCCGCGCCGGCGUCGAGAGCACCGAGCACACGCUGCCCGGCCCGCUUGCCGUGCGUCGUCGCGCGCCAUCGCUGUACGCCCGCCUGCUACGCGGGCUGUAUCGCGGAGCAUCGCUGCCAGCAGGAGGCAGCCCGUUGAGCGGAGCGGCUAGAAGUGUUUCGGGUGAAGGGCCCGGGGGGAUCGACAGUCCACCUCCGCGUGCGUCGACGGACAUGGUCUCGCAGAUCGGCGCCACGGGGCUGACACGCACGCGCAUGAUCGGCUCAUUCAAUCAUCCCGUCAUGCCGUGCCCGCCGCGCCGCACCAACUUCCCCGCGAUCGACUACCUGACGUGCUACGCGAUUGCGACCAACGAGCAAAACGCCGCGGGCGGCCGUAUCGUCACGGCGCCCACCAACGGCGCCGCCGGUGUGCUGCCGAGCGUGCUCAAGUACUGCUUUGAGUUUAUCUUCGACGACGACCCUGUGCGCGACCUGGAGAACUUCCUGCUCACCGCCGCUGCGAUCGGCAUGCUCUUCAAGCGAGGUGCCACGCUCUCAGCUGCCGAGGGCGGAUGUAUGGCCGAAGUGGGUGUGGCUACCGCCAUGGCUGCUGCUGGAUUCGUCGCCGUGCUUGGUGGAAGCCCCGAAAAGGUGCUCCAGGCAAGCGUGAUUGGCAUCGAACACAAUCUUGGCCUCACGUGCGACCCGCUCAAUGGCCAGGUCCAGAUUCCGUGCAUCGAACGCAACGCACUAGGAGCCGUCAAGGCCGUCACUGCGGCUCAACUCGCAUUGGCCGGCGACGGCAAACACUCGGUAUCGCUAGACGACGCCAUCACCGCCAUGCGCGAAACAGCCCGCGACAUGCACACGAGCUACAAGGAGACCUCCCUCGCCGGCCUCGCUACGGCCGUCAAGGUGCCAGUCGCAAUCCCCGACUGCUAG